AUGCCUGAAAUCGUGGAUGACAAGUCCCAGCACUGUAUCCCUUUCCUUCUUGAUCGCCUACGCAUUCAUACCGAGCGGCACCGCGGUAACCCCAGUACCCCGCCGUUUUUCAUCGGCCUCAAUGGUGUGCAGGGUGCGGGCAAGACAGUCCUAGUAUCCGCUCUCAAUGACACCCUUCACUCGGAACCAUACUCGCUCUCGGUCGUGACAUUGUCACUCGACGAUAUCUACCUUGAUCACGCCGAUCAGGUGGCUCUAGCACAAGCACAUCCUUCAAACCCCCUUCUGCAGCAUCGUGGUCAGCCUUCAACUCAUGACCUCGCAUUGGGUGAGGAGGUGUUUGCUUCGCUCGCCGCUGAACGUCCGACGGCUAUCCCGCGGUACGACAAGUCUGCGUUCGAGGGCCAGGGCGAUCGUGUUCCAAAGUCAAAUUGGAAAGUCGUCAACAAAGAGGGUCAGGAUAAAGUCAAAGUUGUGGUUUUUGAAGGGUGGUGUGUCGGGUUCCGGGCAUGGGAUGACCAAACCCUGCGUGCAAAAUGGGAGGCCGCUGUACGUCAAAGGGACAACGGUAAAUAUGAUGGACAACUAGGUCAUGUCAAUUUCGAGGAUAUUAAAGCUGUAAAUGAUGCUUUGAAAGGAUAUGACGUCUUGACUGACAAGCUUGAUGCUUUGAUCCAUAUCGAUGCGGAAAACCCUCGUUUCGUCUACGAAUGGCGCCAGCAGCAGGAACGCACGCUCCGUGCCGCCAAAGGCACCGGAAUGACCGAACAACAGGUCAAUCACUUUGUGAACGGCUAUUACCCAUCCUACGAGCUCUAUACUGAAACCCUCCGCCAAGGCGCUUUCAAGCCUGCGACACAUAACCUAUCAGCAUCAAACUCGGACUGGCAAGGGCGACAGCUCCGCCUCGUGGUUAACCGUGACAGGAGAGUUCAAGAGGUUGUUAAAAUAUGA